AUGUCUGGCAAACCUUUGGCAAAUAUCGACGAGUGUGAUGGAGACCCGUGUGGUGUGUAUGCUGACUGUUUAGACAAUGAAGGUGCAUUCACAUGUUCCUGUAUGCCUGGUUUCCAAGGUGAUCCCUACGCGGCAUGUACCGAUAUCAAUGAGUGUCAGAACCCAUCCUUGUUCACUUGCCAUCCACUAGCGUCUUGUGUGAACGCUCCAGCAAACUAUUCAUGUGAAUGCAACAAUGGUUACGAGGGAGAUGGAAUGUCCUGCUCAGAUUUUAAUGAAUGUGACAACGUUCAAAACACCUGUCCUCCAGACAUCUCUUCAUGCGAGAACACAGGUGGUGAUUUUGUGUGUACAUGUGCUUCUGGGUACGAGAAUGAUACACCCAAGACCUGCAUCGACACAAACGAGUGCGAAGAAGUUGAUUCUGUCUGUGCCGCCAAUCGAGAAUGCAUCAACAUUGUGGGAAACUACAGUUGUAUCUGCACUGAGGGCACCACUGAAAUUGAUGGAACCUGUCAAGAGUCCUUAACCUUGAACCUGAGGGUAAGAUUUGAAGCCAUCGUCGGUGGUUUUAUUGCAGUCAAUCCCUCUAUCAUCGAACCUGCUGAAAAUCGAGAGCAACUUGAACUUGAUAUGCUGCUGUUCCUCCGAGGCAUUUCAGAACUUGGGGACUCUGUAUUCAUGGCUACAAUAUCAGAUGUGAAUGUGACCAGUCCCUAUGCUGUCGUAGACUUCAGGACAGAUGUUGAAACAACACUAAAUAUCAACGACACAGUAUUGGAAUCGUUGUUCAACAGUGCUCUACCAAGUAACCAGCGCUUUGGAGUUUUAGGAGCCGAAAAUAUAGUCAACCAAGAGGAUGUUGACGAAUGUGCCGAUGAUGCAGACCUGUGUAACAACGGAACAUGCACUAACACCAUUGGGUCUUUCUUCUGUACUUGCAAUGACGGAUAUACUGAAAACGGAGCAAGAACUGCUUGUAUUGAAAUUGAUGAAUGCGAAGAUGAUUCCACCCUCUGUGCUAAUGGAACGUGCGUUAACACCGCCGGUUCUUAUACUUGCAACUGUGACGUAGGGUUCCAACUAGAUGGCACUGGUAUCAAUUGUAAUGACAUUAAUGAGUGCGAUGCUGGGAAUCUCUGUGCUAAUGGAAUAUGCCAAAAUAACGAGGGAUCAUACAUGUGCUCAUGCAUUCCUGGAUUUGUAGUAGAUUCAACAGGGACUCAAUGUCAGGACCUUGAUGAGUGUGAAGUCGAUCCCUCCCUGUGCGUCAAUGGAACAUGCAACAAUAUCAUGGGGACGUUUAGUUGUGACUGUGACGAUGGAUAUGAGAGGAAUAUCAACGGAAAAGCUUGUAAUGAUAUCGAUGAAUGUGCAAACAUUCCAAACCCAUGUGGGAAUGGAACCUGUAACAAUACUGAUGGGACUUAUGAGUGUACCUGUGACAGUGGGUUUGAGGCCAACGAUAGUGGUACUGCCUGUGAUGACUUUAACGAGUGUGAUGAUGAUCCCUCCCUGUGUGUUAAUGGAGCAUGCAACAAUACCAUUGGGACGUUUACUUGUGACUGUGACGGCGGAUAUGAGAAGAGUAUCAAUGGAGAGGCUUGUAUGGAUAUCGAUGAAUGUGCAAACAUUCCAAACCCAUGUGGGAAUGGAACCUGCAACAAUCUUAACGGGACUUAUGAGUGUACCUGUGACAGUGGGUUUGAGGCCAACGAUAGUGGUACUGCCUGUGAUGACGUCGAUGAGUGUGCUGCGGUUACUAAUCCCUGUGGUAAUGGAGACUGCACUAAUACCCAUGGGUCCUACAUGUGCACCUGUCACACCGGCUUUACAAUAAGUGAGGAUGGCAGUACAUGUGACGCUGAGUGUGGUGGAGCUGUUUGUCAGAAUGCCGGAGCAUGUGUCUCUGGUCAAUGUGAAUGUGUUACUGGUUUUACUGGUUCUAUGUGCGAGACUGAUAUCGACGAUUGUCUUGCUGACCCAUGUCAGAAUGGAGGAACUUGUACUGAUGAAGUGAACGACUAUACGUGUGCCUGCGUUCCUGGCUAUACUGGGUUGAUGUGCGAGACAGAUAUCGAUGAUUGUACUCCCAAUCCUUGUGAGAAUGGAGGAUCUUGUACUGAUGAAGUGAACGACUAUACUUGUGCCUGUGUUGCUGGCUAUACUGGCAGUAGUUGUGAAACAGAUAUCGACGAUUGUACUCCCAAUCUUUGUGAGAAUGGAGGAUCUUGUACUGAUGAAGUGAACGACUAUACUUGUGCCUGCGUUCCUGGCUAUACUGGGUUGAUGUGCGAGACAGAUAUCGACGGUUGUACUCUUGAUCCUUGUAUGAAUGGAGGAUCUUGUACUGAUGAAGUGAACAGCUAUACUUGUGCCUGCCUUGCUGGAUAUACUGGGAGUAUGUGUGAAACAGAUAUCGACGAUUGUACUCCCAAUCUUUGUGAGAAUGGAGGAUCUUGUACUGAUGAAGUGAACGCCUAUACUUGUGCCUGUGUUGCUGGCUUCAGUGGUAGUAUGUGUGAAACAGACAUUGACGACUGUUCUCCAAAUCCUUGCCUGAAUGGUGGAAGUUGUACUGAUGGAGUUAACACUUUUACCUGUGUCUGUGCUGAUGGCUUUAGUGGAGAUGAUUGCGCAACAACUGUUUGUGGCUCCACUGUUUGCGAGAAUAACGGGGAAUGCAUAAGCGAUGGACAAUGUCGUUGUGUUACUGGUUUUACUGGUACUAUGUGCGAGACUAAUAUUGAUGAUUGUUCUACAAAUCCCUGUAUGAAUAGUGGAGUUUGCGUUGAUGAAGUGAACUCCUUCACGUGUAACUGUGCUGCUGGCUAUACAGGAGAUACAUGCCAAACAGAUAUCGAUGAUUGUACUCCUAAUCUAUGUAUGAAUGGAGGAGCCUGUACUGAUGGGGUGAACAGCUAUACUUGUGCCUGCGUACUGGGCUUCACUGGGAGUAUGUGCGAAACAGACAUCGACGAUUGUUCUCCUAAUCCUUGUAUGAAUGGUGGAAGUUGUACUGAUGGAGUGAACACUUUUACCUGUGUCUGUGCUGAUGGCUUCAACGGAGAUACCUGCGCAACAACUGUUUGUGGCUCCAUUGUUUGCGAGAAUAACGGAGAAUGCAUAAGCGAUGGACAAUGUCGUUGUGUUACUGGUUUUACUGGCACUAUGUGCGAGACUAAUAUUGAUGAUUGUUCUACUACUCCCUGUAUGAAUGGUGGAGUUUGCAUUGAUGAAGUGAACUCCUUCACUUGUAACUGUGCUGCUGGCUAUACAGGAGAUACAUGCCAAACAGAUAUCGACGAUUGUACUCCUAAUCUUUGUAUGAAUGGAGGAGUAUGCACUGAUGGAGUGGACAGCUAUACCUGUGCCUGUGUUGCUGGCUUUACUGGCAAUAUGUGUGAAACAGACAUCGACGAUUGUUCGCCUAAUCCUUGUAUGAACAGUGGAAGUUGUACUGAUGGAGUUAACACCUUUACAUGUACUUGUGCUUCUGGCUUCAGCGGAGAUACUUGUACAACAGCUGAUUGUGGCUCCGUUGUUUGCCAGAAUAGCGGAACAUGCGUAAGCUCUGGACUAUGUGAUUGUGUUACUGGUUUUACCGGUACCAUGUGCGAGAUUAAUAUCAACGAUUGUUCUCCAAAUCCUUGUAUGAAUGGAGGAAGUUGUACCGAUGGAGUUGACUCUUUCACUUGCACCUGUGUUGUUGGCUUUACUGGGGAUAUGUGUGAAACAGAUGUUAAUGAGUGUGAGCUUAGUUCGAGUCUCUGUAGUAAUGGAAGAUGUGUCAACGUGGAUGGAUCAUACACUUGUGUCUGCAAUGCUGGAUUCAUGUUAGAGAAUGAAAAUUCUUGCACUGCUCUCUCAAGCAGUCUGUCCACUAGUCGAGUGACUGUGCAGAUUAGAGGACAAAGUCUGAAUGGUCAAGCCCUGACGUAUACAUUAGAAUUAACAGAUAGGACAUCGGCCAAAUUCAUUGAAUAUGAAAUUGCAUUCUGUUUCAUUUUCAGCCAAUAUGUAAGGGCAGAGUUAGGUUCUAGACUUGCCGGUACUAGUUGCAUAGUGCGGUCAUUCAGCUCAGGCAGUGUAAUCGGUGACGUGCAAAUUGAACUUGCGGCUGACAGCCAAAGUGUAGCAGAUGGGCUUGCUGCGAGUUUAACCGACUUAUCUACCAACAUCGAUCAAAACUUAUCAGCUAAUGGUCAAACUCUGGUAGCGACUAUAUCGGCAAAUGUUCAGUGCGAUCAAACGAAUUGCCAGAAUGGUGGGACAUGUACUACUUCUGGAGAGCCUUGCAAUUGCUUAGCUGGUUUCACAGGAGACCUUUGCGAGAAUGUUUCUCAAGGAUUGUCGAAUGGAGCCAUCAUUGGUAUUGCUCUCGGAGUAUUUGGUUUGGUUCUCGUCCUCGUAACCUGUGUCUGCUGCGUUUUCGUACAAGGUGUCAGACGAAAUCAAAUGACAAAGAGGAUGAUCGCUGAAGGACCGUAUGACGAUCCAAGAAGACACAAUAGAGGCUUCUACGCAAACGAAUCUUUGAAUGGUUCUGAUGAGUACGAUUCACUUGAAGGACGCCGAUAUGCUGUUGGUCAAGCACUGGAUCGACUCCGAGGAACUGACCCUAUGCGUCAUGAAGAUCGCAAUUUCAGGACUCCCUAUGUGGUAGGUGGGAGAGAGAACGGUGUGGAGCGAAAUCCAGUCCAUUAUUGAUGACCAUGAAACAAUUACCUACAGACAAAGAAUGAAAUUGACAACGGAACUCGAAAGAAAAAAAAUAUAGUGAAUUAGUUACAUACUUAUGGAUAGAUGGGUUCUCUUCUGGAUAUGCUAAAUAUCAAAGUGUUUGCAAUCAUAUUAUUAGAUUAAUUAAAGGCUUACUUGCAUUUUAACUAUUGACUGAAUGAAUUGAUAUAAUCAUGCUAAUUCUAUGUUACAAACAACCAUACUAUAGAUUAAUUAAGUGCUUACUUAUAUUUGACCGAUUGACUGAAUGAAUUGAUGUGAUCAUGCUAAGUCUAUGUUACAAACAAUCAAACUAUUAGAUUAAUUAAGUGCUUACUUGCAUUCGACCGAUUGACUGAAUGAAUUGAUGUAAUCAUGCUAAUUCCAUGUUACAAACAAUCAUACUAUUAGAUUAAUUCAAGGCUUACUUGCAUUUGACCGAUUGACUGAAUGAAUUGAUGUAAUCAAGCUAAUUCUCUGAUACAAACAAUCAUACUAUUAUAUUAAUUAAGGAUUACUCACAUCAGUCUAAAAAUACUGCUUAUCAGCAAUACUCUGUUACAAACACAGAACUAAUAAUAUAUAGAAAUUUUUGAAGAUAAGUAUAAUUGAAUACAAUUUUCUGUAUCUGUGUGUGUAUAAGGGUUGCAUUUUUAAUCUAGGAAGGGGCUUAUAUCAUAUAUUUAUUGAUCAAGUAAUUUAGAUUCACCUUCCAUUUUAAUUAAUGUGGUAACAUACUGCUUUCUCCCUGAGCUGUUAUCUAAUAAGCUGAUUUUUAUUGCAUAUCAGUACUAUUAAUGUCGACCAAUUUCAAGUCUUUCAAAUAGUACCAAAAAAAGUUUAAUUUCAAAUGAGUAUGUUAGCAGGGAUUAUAACAUCCCCUUUCUCUCUCUCUCUCUCUCUAUUUAUAUCUAUAUAUGUUUUAGAUGAAUAAAUUGUUUAAUUCAUCUGAUUUGUAUCAAUUAAUUGAAAUGCAUCUGAUGUUCAAACUAGCUAUCAAGUACACAGAAUGAUGUAAUCAUAUGGGGGAAAUCCACAGAGCUAAAACAAUACAAUCAGUAAAUUUGAAUCUUUCCUAUAAUGAAAAUAAUAUAGUUUACCUCUGGCUCAUUAACUUGUGACAUCUUUGCCAGGCACCAAUGCAACAAAGCAGAAAUGGAUGUGUCAUGUAGCACAAUUACCGGCAAAUGUAUUGCCAUUUGAAAAUAUGAAUUAUUAUGUUCUAAACAUGUAAUAUAUCUUUUGUUUCAUUUUUAUAUUCAUGUUCCUAAGAAGCAAUUCAUUAUACAGUACUAGGGCUACCCCUACUAAGUCUUUCACGUUUUUAACAAGGCUGUAUGGUUCUAUAUAUUUUUGUUAAUAUGAUAUUUAUUUUUUUAUUGAUAUAUAUUUUUCAUUAGAUAUAUAUUUUACAUAGGAUCACGAGUAAUUGAAAUAAAUGUUCCAAUAGGGAAGACUGCUGAAUA